AUGUCUCUAGAUAAUCUCGUUUGGGGCUGCUGUUCGCUUGGAAUAGCAGAUAACAAAUACAUUUGCUGCGAGAAAUGUGGAACGGCGUAUCACUUGGACUGUAUUCCAGUGGGACGGAAUUGCGACGAGGGCCAGGGCGGCGACGUGGCUGUACCCACAAACUGGUGCUGCCCAGUAUGCAUGAGCCAAAAACCGUAUGCCGCUAAACGAGAUAACACACCAGUGCAUUCUAACGUCAGUAACGUCACCGUAAGACCUCAGAAACGUCAAGCAAUGAACUCGCCGCCGGCGACGGCCACGUCUCCCGUACAACUAAUGUCGCGCGACGAUAUUCGUGACAUUAUCAAUGAAUGUCUGUCCAACACAGAGGAUAAAUUAAAGUGGCACUUUAAGACAGAGUUAGACCCCAUUAAAAAAGAUAUGGCAGAAAUGGACGCUUCAAUAAAGUUCAUAUCUAAACAAUACGAGGACAUGCGUGUAAGUCAAACCAAUAUUAAUAAAUCAAUAAGUGAACUACAAGCUGAAAAUAUAGAUUCCAAGGCCACCAUUCAGGAUCUUUCCACCAGAAUCAACCAUUUGGAGCAGCGUGCUCGGGCAACCAACAUUGAACUCCAAUGUGUACCAGAGAAUAAAAGUGAAAAUAUCAUGCAAAUAGUCACCAGAAUCGGCACAGUUAUCCAAUAUCCUUUGAAAUCUGAGCAUAUCCACAGUUGCAGCCGCAUCGCUAAGCUAAACAAAACUAACAAUCGACCGCGAUCAAUCGUUGUCCAAUUUAAUAACCAGAAGACCCGCGACCAAUACUUAGCUGCUGUGAGUAACUACAAUAAAUCAAACCCAGAAGAUAAGCUGAAUAGCAGUCAUAUUGGGCUCGAUGGAACCAAGGCGCCCAUAUAUAUAGUUGAGCACCUAUCUACAGCAACCAAGGCACUACAUGCUGCAGCUCGAAAGCUGGCUAAGGAAAAAUCCUACAAGCAUAUCUGGACCCGCGAUGGCCGUGUUUAUGUCCGCAAGACAGAUACCUCAGAAUACAUUUUUAUAAGAGACCAGGAGGCUCUGCGUAAAAUAGUAUAA